UUGUCCCAUCUGGCAUAGUGGGACACUGUAGCUGAACCCCCUCCCUGUCCUGUUGCUGCUCCCCCCUGAAGACCUCCACCACCACCUCCUUUCUCUUCCUCCACCUCCUUUCUCUUCCUCCUUCCGGCCGCCCCUGUGAUGCCUCCCUCGUGCUGUGGCUACCUGUCACAGUACACUCAUCAUCAUCUGGUUGCCUUCCUCCUCACCUUCUUUAGCUAUGUGCUGCUACAUGCGUCCAGGAAGACGUUCAGCAAUGUGAAAGUGAGCAUCUCAGCCCAGUGGACGCCAUCUGUGGGGAAGAAUGGCAGCGCAGCAGCUUACUCUCCUGGCGAGACAUGGGAGGACAAUCGUCUGUUUGCAAAUGAGGAGGAGGCCACGCUGUUCCUGGGAGCUCUGGACUCCAUCUUCCUCUUCUCGUAUGCAGUGGGUCUGUAUCUCAGCGGUGUGAUCGGGGACAGAGUGAACCUGCGCUACGUGCUCUGCUUCGGCCUGUGUGGCUCUGCUGCAGUGGAGUUUGUGUUCGGCACUCUCACCGAAUGGCUCCACAUCUACAACAUCUAUCUGUACUGUGGCCUGUGGGUGCUGAACGGCCUGCUGCAGUCGGCCGUCUGGCCCUGCGUGGUGGCCGUCAUGGGGAACUGGUUCGGCAAGACGGGCCGUGGCUUUGUGUUCGGCCUGUGGAGCGCCUGUGCCUCUGUAGGCAACAUCCUGGGGGCCUUCCUGGCUUCCAGCGUGCUCAAGUAUGGAUAUGAGUAUGCCUUCCUGGUGACCUCAGUGGUGCAGUUUGCCGGUGGCGUGGUGGUGUUUUUCGGUCUACUUACCUCCCCAAAAGAAGUCGGUUUGAGCUUGGAGUCAGAGACCGGCCUGAGUCCCGUGGAGACGGACACAGACAGCCACAGGCCUCUGAUGAGCGAUGAGGAGGAUGAGGCGGAGGUGAAGGUGUACGGCAGACAGUACCAGUCAGCCGAGCAGCUGGACGAACCUCUAGCCGAGACACCUCAAGCUAUCGGCUUCUGCCAGGCCUUCUGUCUGCCUGGAGUGCUACCUUAUUCUCUGGCUUACGCAUGUCUGAAGCUGGUAAACUACUCCUUUUUCUUCUGGCUUCCUUUCUACCUGAGCAACAACUACGGCUGGAAGGAGGCCGAGGCCGACCGGCUGUCUGUGUGGUACGAUGUCGGAGGAAUCAUCGGAGGGACAGUUCAGGGUCUGAUUUCUGACUUCAUGGGAAAGAGAGCUCCAGUGUUGGCUCUGAGUCUGGCGAUGGCGAUGGGAGCCCUGGUGGGAUACAGCCGCUCCCCUAACGACCAGGUGAUAAACGCCGUGCUGUUGGCGACAACUGGCUUCUUCAUCGGCGGCCCAUCGAAUAUGAUCAGCUCGGCCAUAUCAGCUGACCUGGGCAGACAGGAGGCUCUGCGGGGCAGCCAGGAGGCUCUGGCUACGGUCACUGGCAUAGUGGACGGGACUGGAAGUAUAGGAGCUGCUGGGGGGCAGUACCUGGUGUCCCUGAUUGAGAGCAAGCUGGGCUGGAUGUGUGUGUUCUACUUCUUCGUGGUCAUGACAGGGGGCAGUAUUCUGUUCAUCACUCCCUUGCUCUUCAAAGAGCUGUGUGCCAUGUGGAGAGACAGGCGAGCGCUGCGCCGCCAGCUGUGAACGAGUCAACAUCUGCCAGCCGUAAUGUCCCAACUCUUAUCAGUGACAGCACAGCGGGGCUGCCCACAAACAGCUCCUUUUAGGUGAGUUUCUGGAGGUGGAAACAUUUGCGGGAUGCUGUUUCUCACGACCGCGAUGGUGAAGGUGACAAGGAGAUACAACCACCAGUGUUUGUCUAUUUACACCAGUAUGAGCAGGCAGAGUCUCUGAGCACAACACUGAAGUCUUAUCCACUCACUAAAAGCCUAGAAAUGUAAAUCCACACUUCUUUUAGUGUAAGAUUUAGCGGUUGCGCUGAAGUGCCUGAUUGAAAAAAGGCUUUUAAAGGGACCUACUGUCCAAUCUGUGAAAUCAGGCCUUGCGGGGCCGUCACAGAAUGUACUACUGUAAAUAUUUUAGGAUUUAAAUGGAUGUAAAAACUUUUUUAAAUGUCAAAGUAAAUGAAGUUUGGUCUUUUAAAUCAGGAGUUCUUAAUUUAAAGACCAAGCCCUCUAGGACGAUUCGGGGGUCAGGAUUGCCUAAAGAAUGUGAAUAAUAAUUAUCAUGUAGAAAUGUAUCGUCAGCUUUUGUAGAUAUUUGUCAUUUUUGAUCGAGAUAAUCAACAUUGCACUGUAGUACAGUAAUUCAUCUUGAAGAUUUUAGUGAACCACUCUUGAUUUUUUUCAUGUGUAUACAGUUUUGUGUUAUCAGAGAUACAAACUUUACUGUAUACGGGGACUGGAUCUCUCCAUUCUGUAUAUAAUACUCAUUGAUUUAUGCUCAUUCCUUUUUUUAGUGUCUUAAGUCACAAGCAAUCGCUGUGAAAACCCCUCACACAAAUACACACACACACUGACAAAAACUAAUUAUAAAUAUCUGCCAUUAUAUUGCCUCACACAUUAAGUUUACAGUGCAGCAUGCAUAAUGCACAUUGAACUGACAGGAGAGACAAGUUUUGCCUAUUGCACAUUUAUUCUGGGAACUUAACUGCAAAU